UUUUUCACUUUCGCUUCUCUCUUCUGCUUUCAGCGAUGGCGUCUUCUAAUCUGAGAGCUGAGCUGGAAUGUUCCGUCUGUCUGAACAUUUAUACAGAUCCUGUAAACCUGAGAUGUGGACACAACUUCUGCCAGGUCUGUAUUGAUCGUGUGCUGGAUACACAGGGGGGGUCUGGAGGAUAUUCCUGUCCUGAAUGCAGAGAGAAGUUUCAGGAUCGGCCUGCACUGCACAAGAACAUAACACUACGUAACAUAGUGGAGAAUUUCCUGUCUGCUCAGACAGAUCAGGAGGAUUCCGGGGUCUUCUGUACUCACUGUGUGGACUCUCCUGUACCUGCUGUUAGAUCCUGUCUGCUCUGUGAGGUGUUUCUGUGUGAUAAACACCUGAGAGUCCACAAAAAGUCCCCAGAACACAUCUUAUGUGACCCCACCUUGUCCAUGGAGAGCAGGAAAUGCUCCGUCCAUAAGAAGAUCCUGGAGUAUUACUGCACUGAGGAUAAUAGCUUUGUCUGUAUUUCUUGUUGUAUGAUUGGAGGACAUAAAGGACAUGAGAUGGAGUCUCUGGAUGAGGCUUCUGAGAAGAAGAAGGAGACACUGAGGAAUGUUCUGCAGAAACUUCUGACAAAGAGAGAGGAGACGGAGGAAAGAGUCCAGAGUCUGCAGGAACACAGGAGGAAAGUAGAAGAAAAAGCAGCUGGUGACACAGAGAGAGUCACUGUCCUGUUUAGAGAUCUCAGGAGACGUCUGGAAGAUCUGGAGAAGAGAGUCCUGGGGGAAAUCUCCAGGUGGGCAGAGCGAAUCUCCAUCUCCACAGUGGAUUUCACCCGGAAGCUGGAAAUACAGAAGGAGGAGCUGUCCAGAAAGAUGUGUCAGAUUGAGGAGCUGUGUAACAUGACGGAUCCACUGACUGUCUUACAGGAAUCAGGCACAGGUGACUUGUGUGAUACUGAGGAUGGAGAUAAUGAGGACACAGAGAGACAUGAGGAGCUCCUCCAUGAUGGAGGGGAUCUGGAUGUGGUGGGGGUCUUACACAUAGGUUUAUCUGAUAUAAUAAGAGGGGUAAAUGUUUUCUUCUAUAUACAGGAAGCUGCAGACAUAUUGCUGGAUGUAAACACAGCUUAUAAUAAUCUCCAUAUAUCAGAUGACAGGAAAACUGUAUCCUGGUCAGAUAUAGACCAGAAUCGCCCAAAAACUCCAGAGAGAUUUCAGGAUUAUCAGGUGUUGAGCAGUCAGAGUUUCUCCUCAGGGAGACAUUACUGGGAAGUGGAUGUCGGGGGGUCAGAUAGAUGGACAGUUGGGAUGUGUUACCCCAGUAUAGACAGGAGAGGAUGGCAGUCAUGGAUUGGAUAUAACAACAAGUCCUGGGGGUUGGACAGGUCUGGUAAUCAGUACGAGGUGAGACAUGACAAUAAAAAGAUUUUUUUACCGAUCAAAAUCUUAACUAAGAGAGUCAGGAUAGAUCUGGAUUAUGAGGCCGGGCGGAUCUCCUUUUACGCCUUGUGUGACCCGAUCCGACACCUCCACACCUUCACCACCACCUUCACUGAGCCCCUCCAUACUGGGUUAUAUGUAGGGGGAGGUCGUAUAGAGAUAUGUGGAAGGAAUCAGAAGAUGUGAGAACUUCGCCCAGAGACUACCGACAUCACAGGUAGAGGGAGAGAGAGAAUUAGUGGGAAAAUCAUUUACUGGGGACACUUAAAGGGUUGUAAAGGUUUGUUUUUUAUUUUCUAAAUAGGUUCCCUUUAAGCUAGUGCAUUGUUGGUUCAG